UUUUAUAGGCAGGGGCGGCGCACAGGAGGGUCAGUGAAGCUCCACCGCGGCGCAGAGGUUGUUCACCUGAAGAAGAGCGAGAGGAUGGACGCCGCGUACAAGAGAGUGAACGGAGACCACGGGCCCGAGGAGCCGGACACCGGGCGGAGGAGGAGGGGCUCCAUGUACCUGGAAGAGGAGACCAGCAAGAAGUCCGAGGUGAUCUCCUGCAUCUUCUCCCUAAAGGAAGGGGUCGGGGCUUUGGCCAAGGGCCUGCGGCUCUUCGAGGAGAAAGGCAUCAACCUGACUCACAUCGAGUCGCGUCCGUCGCGCAUGAACAGCGACCAGUUCGAGUUCUUCAUCAACGUGGACGCCUCCUGCUCCCAGGCCCUGGACGAGGUCAUCGACGGCCUGCGCACGCAGAUCAGCGGCCACGUGCACGAGCUGACGCGCAACAAACAGAAGGACACGGUGCCGUGGUUCCCCAACGACAUCCAGGACCUGGACCGCUUCGCCAACCAGAUCCUCAGUUAUGGCUCCGAGCUGGAUUCUGAUCACCCGGGCUUCACAGAUGCAGUGUACAGAGCCCGCAGGAAGGAGUUUGCCGACAUCGCCUACAACUACAGACACGGCCAGGUCAUCCCUCGGGUGGAGUACACGGCGGAGGAGAAGGCCACGUGGGGGACGGUGUUCAAGGAGCUGAAGACGCUGUACCCGACCCACGCCUGCCGCGAGCACAACCGCGUCUUCCCCCUGCUGGAGCAGUACUGCGGCUACAGGCAGGACAACAUCCCGCAGCUGGAGGACGUGUCCCGCUUCCUGCAGUCGUGCACGGGCUUCCGGCUCCGCCCGGUGGCCGGCCUGCUCUCGUCCCGCGACUUCCUGGCCGGGCUCGCCUUCCGCGUCUUUCAUUCCACGCAGUACAUCCGCCACGGCUCCAAGCCCACGUACACGCCUGAGCCGGACGUCUGCCACGAGCUCCUGGGACACGUUCCUCUGUUCGCCGACUCCAGUUUCGCUCAAUUCUCCCAGGAAAUCGGUCUGGCCUCCCUCGCCGCCCCCGAUGAGUUCAUCGAGAAACUCGCCACUGUCUACUGGUUCACCGUGGAGUUCGGCCUGUGCAAGCAGGGCUCCGAGGUCAAAGCGUUCGGCGCCGGCUUGCUGUCAUCGUUUGGCGAGCUGCAGUACUGCCUGUCGGACCAGCCCAAGAUCCUGCCCUUUGACCCCGCCAAGACCAGCCUCCAGAAGUACCCCAUCACAGAGUACCAGCCCGUCUACUUUGUGGCAGACAGCUUCGAGGACGCCAAAGAGAGAGUGAGGAAAUUUGCGGCCACCAUCCCGAGGCCCUUCACGGUGCGCUACAACGCCUACACCCAGAGCAUCGAGGUGCUGGACAACAACCAGCAGCUCCGCAAACUGGCCGACAGCAUCAACAGCGAGAUGGAUAAACUGUGCGAAGCCCUGAAGAAACUGGAUUAAGUGUGAAUGUGAUCUGAGAAUCUCUGUGUGUUCAAUAAGACGUCGUUUCUGAUCGUGCUCGUCUUCUUUUUCUUUGUGUUAAAACAAAUAGAUAAUGAAUUUAUUACAGUAACACAUCUGUAGGAUAAUAAUAAUAAUAAUCACUGAUCACUGGUGUUCAGGGAUUAUUAUCCUACCGAUAUUUAUCACAAUUUAUGUGCAAUAAGAUGCAAAAACCGCAGAGGCGAUCAUUUUCUUCUGUGCAUUUCAAACAGCAUAUUGAUCAUUUUAUAGGUUAGACUUAUGUAUGUAUGAAAUAUUUUGAUGAAACAAUAAACAUUUUUCUUCCCUCUCUUUACCGGUA